AUGCUUGGCACUCUAGUUGUCGCUCUGUCGAUAGCUUUGGUCUCUUAUGGACAGUCUUCGACCGACGAUGAACCCAUUCCAGGCGACUACUCUGGAGCACUACGUCCUCAGAUCCAUUACUCUCCGCCCGUAGGAUUCAUGAACGACCCCAAUGGCAUGUUCCUCGACGCGGACGGAACCUAUCAUCUAUAUUAUCAAUACAAUCCCACAGAGAUCGUCGCUGGUAACCAACACUGGGGCCACGCCACCUCGCAGGACCUCUACCAUUGGACGAACCAGAAGAUUGCCAUUGCUCCCUCUGGCGCAGAGGGAGAAGGCAUCUUUUCUGGAUCGGCUGUUAUCGAUGUGAACAACACGUCCGGAUUCUUCCCCAAUCAAACCGAUGGUGUCGUCGCCAUCUAUACUCUCAAUACCAACACCGCUCAGACGCAAGAUAUCGCAUACUCCGUCGACGGAGGCUACACGUUUACGAAGUACGAGAACAACCCGGUCAUCGACGUCAACUCGACACAGUUCAGGGAUCCGAAGGUGCUUUGGUAUUCAGCGGAAGAUGGAACAGGAUGGUGGUCUAUGGUCGUCGCACACGCGCAGGAUUUCGUUCUUACGUUCUACACAUCGCCGAACCUUCGCGAGUGGACUUUCGCGUCGAACUUUUCGCACGUUGGACUCCUCGGUCUGCAAUGGGAAUGUCCCAACCUCGUCACGAUGCCCGUCGAAGGGACCGACGAAACCAUGUACCUCCUCUUCCUCUCCAUUAAUCCCGGCGCGCCACUAGGCGGUUCUAUCUCGCAGUACUACCCCGGCUACUUCAACGGCACACAUUUCACUCCCGUCGACGGCGUCACUCGUCUCUCCGAUUUUGCGAAGGACAAUUACGCCGGUCAAUUCUUCUACGGUAUCCCCGAAGACCAACCCGCCGUCUCCAUUGCCUGGGCGAGCAAUUGGCAGUACACGGAGGCUGUCCCGACGGGUGCCGAGGGCUGGAGAAGUUCAAUGUCGCUACCUCGUCUCAACACGCUCAAGAACGUUACCCGUGUCGGCUGGGACCUCGUUUCGAAGCCUUACGACCUUUCGCCCCUCUUCGACGGGGAGCCGCUCGCGCAGAACGAAAAUCUUGGCAAUGGUCAGGUCGUCGUCGACUAUUCGAACGUCACAUCCGGCGCUGUGUACUUCCAGGCCAACCUUACUGGGAUCCCUACGGACGGAUCAUCCACUGGUACACUCAACUUCACUUUCUACUCCUCCGUCAGCGGCGAGAACAUCACCGGCGGGUUCUUCCUCGACGGCGAUACGCCGUUCUGGAUCGAUCGGGGCUCCAUACGCGGGUUCGACAAUUUCUGGUUCACGGAUAAAUUCUUGACGAAUAACCUUUUGCUUGGUGGGACGGGGAAUUGGAGCCUCGAGGCUGUGGUGGAUAGGACGCUGUUGGAGGUGUUUUUGGCAGAUGGGGAGAGGAGCGGGACUGUGAGCUUUUUCCCGGAGGAGAGGUUGGAUGGGUUAGUUGUUGGGACGAAUGGUCUGAACGAGGGGAUCGAGGUUAGUUUGGUUGUUAGGGGAUUGGAGAGUGCUUGGGCGGAUGAGGAGGUGGGGGGUGGGAAUGGGACGGUUUUAGGGAAUGUAACGACGAGUGCCUGA